AUGAGCUCCUAUUUUAAAGCUGCAAAGUUCGUCGAUAGCGACGAAGAAGAGGAGGAACGCUCUGAAGAGGAAGUAUCUGAAGAAGAGGAAGUGCAAACAAAGAAGAAGGGAGGAUUCUUUGGUAAAUCAAAAUUGGUAGAAUCUGAAGAAGAAGAUGAAGACGAGGAAGAGGACGAAGAAGAGGAAGCCGAACAAAAGGAAAAGGAAAAUGAAGCACAAACUGCGCAAGCAGAACAAGAGGAUAAGAGGAAAAAGUGGUUUUUAGAUGGUUCGGAUGAAGAAGAAGAAAGUGAUUAUUCUGAUGAUGAAUGGCUGUCAUCAGAUGAAGGUAGCGUUGCCUCGUCUGUAAGAGCAGAAGUCAAAUCACACAGACUGAAAUAUUUGGACGAAUUGCGUGAAGUUACCGAAAAGAUUCAAGAUAGUAUUAUGGACAACAACUGGAAAGCAGUCUCCGACGAUUUUUCAGAAGUCGGUAAGGUGAUUGAAAAGUUGCAAAAACUCGAUGAAUACAAGGGAAAGAAGAAGGUUCCAAAUCUUUAUAUUCGUUUCUUGGUGUAUUUGGACGACAAGUUGGAAGAGGCAAAAUCCAAGAAGGAUGACAUCAAAACAGCUGAUUCCAAACUCAUCACAACAUUCCAUAGAGAAGUCAAAAAGACCAUCAAGAAUUAUGAAGAUUUGAUGACUGCCUGCAAAGCAGAACCUGAAGCUUUCCAAGAUACUGAAGAUGAAGCUGAGGAAGUUCCAGUUGACAAAAAGCCACAGAAAAAACCAACAGUUCCUCUCACAGAUGUUCAAAAGUUGAUGGCCGAUUUGACAUCGGGCACCAUCGAAGAAAAAAUUGCGGAAAUCGGACGAGGAAAGGGAUACAAGGGUACCAAUCCUAAGGAAUCCCUUCUUCAGUUGAAGAUUUUGUUGGCUCACACUCCUGAAGUCAAGACUCGAAUUCAAUUGCUACUUUUAAUUGUUCUUACCCACUUUGAUUUGCCAAAAGGCAACAGCAAUUAUCUUUCAUUUGAUGCUUGGAAGAAUGCUUGUCUUGGGUUGAUCCGAUUGAUCAAGCUCAUCGAGGAUCAUCCAGAAUUGCAAGUUGUUGAAUCGAUUGACACAUUGUUGGGAGAAUCCGCUCCUUCCAAUAAUGCUACCUCAUCUGAGGCCAACCAAGUACACAUCAAGGGUAAUAUUGCGUCAAUUUUGGAAAGAUUAUAUGAUGAAUUUAUUACUAGCUUGCAAUACACUGAUCCACACACACAGGAUUAUGUGAAGAGAUUGCGAGAUGAAUAUCUUCUUAUUGAAGCCGCUGAAAGAGUUUACUCAUUCUACUUGAAGAGAAAUAACAAGAGAAAUCUCGCCCGUGCUGCAUUUAAAUUAUUCGAACAUUUAUACUAUAGAAAGCAGGAUGAUCAUGAGAAGCUUCUCGCUGCUCAGAGAGCAAAUGCUUUGAAGGCUCUAGAGGAAGCUCAUGCUAACUGGGUCGAAGAGGAGAAACAAAUGUUGUCAGAGUCGGUCACACCAACCGUUGAUCCAUUCAAAGUUGAUUCGCCGGAUGUCAUUGAAGCAAAUCUUCCUAAAGUUCUCUCUAAUUUGGCAAUUAUAAUUUACGAACAUGGUACUGAUCAUGCCAAGAUACGAACACUGUUGAUGCAAAUUUAUCACAGAGCUGUCUAUGGUAAAUUCUUUGAAGCUAGAAAUCUUCUUGUCACUAGCAAACUGCAAGAUAAUAUUCACCACUAUGAAAUCCCAACUCAAAUACUUUUCAACAGAGCGAUUGCUCAAAUAGGUAUUUGUGCUUUCAAGAAUGGUUUAAUUCAAGAGUCACAUGCUGCAUUACUUGAACUCUAUGGUUCGCAGAAACAAAAAGAAUUACUCGCCCAAGGUUUGACAAGCAGCAGAUAUCAACAACCUGCAACUCUCCAAAAGAAGGAACAACUUGAAAAGAUUGAAAGAAGUAGAUUAAUUCCUUAUCAUCAACAUAUUAGUAUUGAUUUGAUUGAAGGUGUCCAUUUGAUGUGCGCCUUACUUUUGGAAGUCCCAAACAUGGCCAUGCAAUCCUUCUCCAACGUUAAACCAAAAGUUAUCAAUAAGGCAUUCAGACGUGUAUUAGAAACUUUCAGUCGUCAACAUUACGUCGGGCCUCCAGAAAAUACAAAGGAGCACAUCUAUGCUGCCUACAAUGCUCUUUCUUCAGGAGAAUGGGAAGAAGCUUUCAAUAUUUUACUUUGUCUUGAGGAUAUUUGGAGCUUGAUUCCUGACAAUGAAUCAGUCAAGGAAAUGUUGAAGAAGAAGGUGAAGGUUGCUGCUUUGAAGGCCUAUAUUUUCAAGUAUAGUAGACAUUACGAAACUAUUUCUGUACAAUCAUUGUCAACCAUGUUCGAUCUUCCAAAGCCCACCGUUUACUCGAUUGUGAACAAGAUGAUUAUUGCUGAAGAGUUUUAUGCUGGAUUGGACCAAACCAAUGAUACCAUUGUUAUUUAUCACUCCGAACCAACUCCACUCCAAUAUCUUGCCCUCCAAUUAACAGACAAAAUUUCCGCCCUUGUUGAAUAUAAUGACAAGCUCUACGAUGCCAAGCAAAGCAAUACAGCCUAUGUCGUCAUGACUGACCACAAACAACAGAAGAGAUCAAAGCAAAAGACCACCAACAAGCAAGGUCAAGGCAACCAGAAAGGUCCAAGAAACACCUCUGGCGGCAACAAAGGUCCAAAUCAAAAGAGAGAAAAGAAUACAAAACACCACAAGGACAAGCAACAACAGCAAGCAAGCUCAACUCCAGUUACUGCUUCCGUUCAAUAA